CCGGAGGCAGGGGUGAUUAGUGUCUGUUCUUCAAGAUUCCCCUGCCCAGAGGGGGGUCUUAUCCUUCCAUUGUCAGUAGGACCAGACAGUGGCCCCUACCCUGGUGAGCUGGCUCACUCAGAGCAGGACUGGCACCAGGGUCAUGUCCACUACUCCCUCAGGGCCGGGGGUCACUCAGCCUGAAGUGGACACAACCCUGGGCCGUGUGCAAGGCCGGCAGGUGGGCGUGAAGGGCACAGACCGUCUUGUGAACGUCUUCUUGGGCAUCCCAUUCGCCCAGCCGCCCCUGGGGCCCCACCGGUUCUCGGCCCCGCGCCCAGCGAAGCCUUGGGAGGGCGUGCGAGAUGCCAGCAGGGCCCACGCCAUGUGUCCACAGGAUCUGGAGAGAAUGAACAACAGCAGAUUUACGCUGGACGGAAAGCACCAGACCUUCCCCAUUUCGGAGGACUGCCUGAUCCUCAACAUCUACAGCCCGGCUGAGGCCCCCUCGGGGGCAGGAAGACCAGUCAUGGUGUGGUUCCACGGGGGCUCUCUCGUGACGGGCACCGCCACCUCCCACGAUGGGUCCGCCCUGGCCGCCUACGGGGACGUGGUCGUGGUCACAGUCCAGCACCGCCUGGGCUUCCUUGGCUUUUUCAGCACUGGGGACAAGCAUGCUCCUGGCAACUGGGCAUUCCUCGACGUCGUGGCUGCUCUGCGCUGGGUGCAGGGGAAUAUCACCCCCUUUGGGGGUGACUUCAACUCUGUCACCAUCUUUGGUGAAUCCACUGGGGCCUCUGUCGUCUCUGCCCUGGUCCUGUCCCCACUGGCUGCCGGGCUGUUCCAUAGAGCUAUAGCACAGAGUGGAAUCAUCACCCUACCGGGGUUUCUGGAUCCUGACCCCUGGCUCCUGGCUCAGACCCUCGCAGACUCCUUGGCCUGCAACUCUGACUCCUCGGCUGGGAUGGUGCAGUGCCUUCGGCAGAAGACAAGUGAGGAGAUAAUCCUUGCCUACAAGUCUAGAAAAAUAGCUUUGUACAACAUCGAUGGUACCUUCUUUCCCAAGAGCCCUGAGGAGCUCCUGAGGGAGAGGCAGUUCCACUCUGUGCCCUUCCUCUUCGGAGUCAACAACCACGAGUUUGGCUGGCUCAUCCCCAGGGGCUGGGGUUUACUGGAGAAGAUGGAUCAACUGAGCCUGGAGGACAUGCUGGCCAUCCUGAGGCCCUUCUUGACCAAUAUGGAUGUGCCCACUGAGGUGAUGUCCACCAUCAUAAAGGAAUACCUAGGCAGCAGCUCAGAUGGACAAGCCAAGCGAGAAGCCUUCCAGGAAUUGCUAAGUGACGGUUUCAUAACCUUACCCAUGUUGCAAUUUGCGAGACACCUCCAAGAUUCUGGGGUCUCAAUCUUUUUCUAUGAGUUCCAGCAUCGACCCAGUUCUUUUGCAAAGAUCAAGCCAGCCUGGGUGCGGGCUGAUCAUGCGGCUGAGUUGACCUUCAUGUUCGGCGGUCCUUUCCUCACGGAUGAGAGCUCCAUGUUGGCCUUUCCAGAAGCCACGGAGGAGGAGCAGCAACUGAGCCUCACCAUGAUGGCCCAGUGGACCAACUUUGCCUGGACAGGGGACCCCAAUGGCAAGGGGCUGCCUCUUUGGCCCCCAUUCAACCAUGCGGAGGAAUACCUGGAAAUCAGCCUGGUGCCACGGGUCAACCAGAAGCCAAGGGAGGCCCGAAUGCAGUUCUGGGCAGAGAUACUUCCCACCAAGUUUGGGCAGUGGCAGCAUAAGCAGAAGGGCAGGAAGGCCCAGGAGGAACUCUGAGGCAGGCCCUGGGCCUUCUGGGCUGGAGCUCAGCCCUAGGGGUGGCCACAUCCCAGGCGGGCAGCCUCCUCCUCUCCCUUCUGUGCUAUGUGCUAAAUCACUUCAGCUGUGUCUGACGCUUUUGCAACCCCCAUGGACAGUAGCCCGCCAGGCUCCUCUGUCCCUGGGAUUGUCCAGGCAAGAAUACUGGAGCGUGUUGCCAUGCCUUCCUCCAGGGGAUCUUCCUGACCCAAGGAUCAAACCUGGGUCUCUUACAUCUCCUGCAUGAGGAGGCAGGUUCUUUACCUCUAGUGCCAUCUAGGAAGCCCUCUCUCACUGCUAAGAGACUUUAACCCAAACCAGGCUGAUGGGCAGUCAUAUCUCUUAAAGCAGGGGUCCCCAACCUCUGGGAUCUAAUGCCUGAUGAUCUGAGGUGGGGCUGAUGUCAUAAUAAUAGAAAUAAAGUGCCCAAUAAAUGUAA